CCCCGGGGGCGGCGGUCGGGGCGCGCAGUGCCGCGCGCGGGCGGGCGGCCGCGGGUUCGAGGACUCAGCCAGGACCUCGCAGGACUUCUUCCUUCUGACUUCUUCCCGCAGAGCUGAGGAUGCUGCGACGGUGAUAGUAGGGACGGCCCACGGGGCCUCGGACUGCCCGUUUCUGGCCAGGGACACCAACCUGACAGCACGGAAACGCCUUCGCUAUAUUGACAAGGCAUGGAGCAGUUCGAGCAGCUGCUGACGUGCGCCAUAUGCCUGGACCGCUACCGCAACCCCAAGCUGCUGCCAUGCCAGCACUCCUUCUGCAUGGAGCCGUGCAUGGACGGCCUCGUCGACUACGUGCGCCGCCAGGUGAAGUGCCCGGAGUGCCGCGCCGAGCACCGCAUCCCCUACCAGGGCGUGCAAGGCUUCCCCACCAACGUGACGCUGCAGCGCUUCCUGGAGCUGCACAUCGAGAUCACGGGCGAGCUGCCCGACCCCACCAGCGGCCAGGUCAUGGAGCGCUGCAGCGUGUGCUCCGAGAAGUCCUACUGCUCGCUGUGCCUGCACUGCGACAAGAAGAUCUGCGCCGACUGCAAGGAGGCCCACAUGGACAUCCUGCGGCGCGAGAUCGCGCGCAUCAACAACCAGGUGCGGCGCGCCUUGCACCGCCUGCAGGACGCGCUCUCGCUCGUCGAGAAGAACGCCGUCAGCCUGCAGCAGAACUGCAGCUCCGUGUCGGAGGAGGUGGCCGAGAUACAGCGCCGGCUGGCCAAGGCCAUCAAGGACCGCUGCGAGUUCCUGUCGGGUGAGGUGGACCGCUACCUCGCCAGCGAGAAGCGCAACCUCAUCACGCUCAAGGAGAACCUCGAGCUGGAGAUCGCCAACAUCCAGAGCAACUGCGACCUGGCCGACAAGUACAUCACCGAGUCGGUGGAGUGGGACGACUGCGAGCUGAUGGACGCCAAGGAGAUCUUCCUCAAGACGGUGGAGUUCAUCAGGAACUUCGAGUACGAGAACGCCGACUACAACCGGAGGGUGCGCUUCACGAUGUCGCACGACCCCAACCAGCUGGUGAUCCUGCUGGCCGGCCUGGGGGAGCUGCUGAUGAACACGCCGCACCAGCCCGGCUCGGCGGGCGCCAUCACGACGAGCGCCAGCGCCGGAGGACUGCUGCAGCCGCCCGGAGGCGCGGGCCUGAUGCGCUCCAAGAGCGACCACCGCCUCACCUCGCAGUUCCGGCAGCAGGAGGAGCGCGGCUACGGCGAGGACCGCGACCAGCCCUCGGGGAGGGUCUCGCCCCUCGGGGGCAGGAAGUUCGGCGAGCGCUACGCCGCGAACCGCGCGGGCAACGACCGCUACGACGCGACCAGGUACGGGCGGUCCGGGGGAGGAGGCGACUACGGCGGCGAGUUCGAGUCUCCGUACGACAGCGAGAACAGGUCGGCGAGGUCGCGCUACCGCUCGCGCUUCACGCGCCACCGCGACGGCGAGAACGCGGACUCGGACACCGACGCGCAGGCCGGCCGGGCGGUGCGCUUCACGGGCGACCAGCACAAGGAGCGGGAGAGGGUUCUGGACACCGAGGACGCGACCAAGGGCCCGCUCAGCGGGAUCUUCCGGCUGUACGACUCGCCGCGCGUCAUGAAGCGCCUGCAGGAGUCGGAGCUGGGCAAGAAGAAGAAGGACAAGGAGCCGCCGCCGCCGCAGCCCCAGGCCAAGGCUCCGGCGCCGAAGAAGGCCGCCCAGCGGCAGGUCAGCGAAGAUGACGAGAUCUCCAAGAUCAAGAAACAAAACAAGAACGCCCCGUCCUCGUCCACGGCGCCUGAAGCUCAGACAGAGGCUCGUCCUGCGUCGGAGAGAGUCGCGGCCUUGAAGCAGCGGUCUGCCGGGGGCGAGAACUCUUCUGAAGACGGCAGCGUCCCUCCGUCGCCGACCUCGGCCAGGGCGCCAGCCUCCGAGCUGCAGUCUCCCUCUAGAACAACCGCACCCGAGGUGGCUUCAAGCGACGCGGAAUCAGACGACGGCUCUUCCGUCAGUUCGCUGCAACAGACGCAGAAGAAGGUCGCCGCCAGCAGGCAGGGUUCCGCCAGCUUGUCGCGUCGCUCCUCCGCGUCCUCCGACGCCGCGGGCGCCGUCGCCUCCCCCCAGACGCCGAAGAAAGCGCGGUCCGCGAGCUCGGACUCGUCCACGUCGUCGGACUCGUCGACCGCCUCGUCGACGGCGGUGAAGAACACGGGCGCCGUCUUCUCCACCGAGGAGAUCAAGCAGAAGUACCUGACGAAGGGCGGCGAGAGUGGCGGCAGCGGGACCUCCACCCCGAGGACCCGGAUAUCAUCGACGGGCUCCGACACGACGAAGAAGGAACCGGCGGCGGGCACCCCGCGCUUCCAGAGCCGCUUCCUGCCCAACAGGACGACCACGCCGCCCGUCGAGAAGCCCAAGGAGGAGGAGGAGACGGAGACGAGCUCCGAGUCGGAGGAGACCGACUCCGAGGAAGAGUCGGACGACCACAAGACGAAGAAGCCCACUCCCGCGCCCGCGCCGUCGAAGGCGAUGGAGAAGACGGACAUCGGUCCGCUCCUGGCACGCAGCGCGCACGCCCGCGACACGACGGACACCCAGCAGAGGAAGGGCAGCCGGGACGACACGGGCAGCUACAGUGCCCGGCGAUACAGCAACACGCCGGCCGUCGACAGCGGCGCCUCCUACCGGAGCCCGGCCUCGACGUACGGCGCCGGCAAGGAGGAGCCGUCCAGCCGGUACCUGUCGCGCGCGCAGCCCGACGACGAGUCGCCGUCCCGCCACGGGUCCUCCGGCUACACAAGCCGCUUCCUGAACAAGAGCAAGAGCUCGGCGGUGGUGUCGCCCGACGAGGACGCCGAGCCGCGCAGGUACGGUGCCGCGGCGGACGACGCGGGCAAGUACUCGAGUGGCCGCACGCGCUACCAGGCGCUCAAGGACCGGCGCACGCGGCUCGCGCGCAGCCGCAGCUCGCACAACUUCGGCGCUGGCGAGGACGGCGACGACGCGGAGGAGCCCUCGUCGCCCACGGCCAUGCCGGCGUCCUACCUGGCGUCGCGCUACGGGCCCGGCACGGCGAGCUCCGAGCUGGCGCGCAGCCGCUCCACGCACGCGCUCAAGCCACGCGAGGCCUCGCCCGAGAGACCGCCGGCCGGCGGCUCGGAGAAGGACGGCGCGGCGCUCAGCUCGUGGGCGCGCUACCUCAAGAACAAGUACGGCGCGCGCGCGGGCAAGGACUCCAAGGACUCCAAGGACUCCAAGGACCCGGGGGGCACGGCCACCUCCUCGGCGGCGAGCAGCGCGGCGCGGCGCCUGUCCCUGGGCCUGCCGCUGCGACACAACUCGGCCAGCAUCGAGAGCUCUGAUGACGACCAAAAAAACCCGGCAGGCUCCCCCACUUCCCCCACAGCAGCUACGGCGGUAGCAGCAGGUUUCGCAGCGGCGGCAGCAGGUUCCUCCCCUAGGGGCCAGUACCUGCAGAAGCGGCGCCAGCUGUUCAAGAUCGGGAGUCGGGGGAGCGAGCCCGGGAGCUUCACGUGGCCGCGCGGCAUCGCCGUGGGCCCAGACAACUCCGUGGUGGUGGCCGACUCGUCCAACCACCGCGUGCAGGUGUUCGACGCCAGCGGCUCCUUCGUCAAGGAGUUCGGCGGCUACGGCAGCGGCGAGGGCGAGUUCGACUGCCUGGCGGGCGUGGCCGUCAACCGCAUCGGCCAGUUCAUCAUCGCCGACCGCUACAACCACCGCAUACAGGUGAUGGACCCAGCGGGCAGGUUCCUCAGGAGCUUCGGCAGCCAGGGCACGGCCGACGGCCGCUUCAACUACCCCUGGGGCAUCACCACGGACGCCCUCGGCUUCAUCUACGUCUGCGACAAGGAGAACCACCGCGUGCAGGGGCGUGGCGGUGGACGACCAAGGCUACAUCAUCGUGGCCGACUCGGGCAACAACCGCAUCCAGAUAUUCCACCCGGACGGCACGUUCCUCAGGGCGUUCGGCUGCUGGGGCUCGGGCGACGGCGAGUUCAAGGGCCUGGAGGGCAUCGCGGUCAUGUCCAACGGCAACAUCCUGGUGUGCGACCGGGAAAACCACCGCAUCCAGGCGUUCUAGCGCGGCCGAGGUUGUUCGUAUGACCGCAGUGCGGACUGUGACUGUGGCAGGGCACCGGGCGGCAAGAGAGAGCUGACUGCGCCCGCGCGUCCCCGCAGCGGCAUGUCUCUGGGCUUCCAGCUGGAGAUGCUGAGACACCGGCCGCGCCUGGACCACUUCCUGCAGGCGCGCAGCAACUGAGCAGCCUGCACUCCCCAGCGCGUCUGCUUUACAAUACAUACAUUAGGAUAUCAUUUGCUCCAAAGAAAUUGUUUGUUACAUAAGUCUCAAGCUUGUUUUUGCAUUUAUGAAAUAAGUUUUUCGAGAUAAUACUAAUUAUUUCUUCCGUAAAUUGGCGCAUAAUUUUUUUUAUCUUAAUAGAUGAUGCUUUCAAGUAUAUGUUUUCAAACCAUAUAAAAAAUGCCAUGUUUAACAAUAUGACUUUAUUUUGUUGUAUCGUUCUUCUUAUGUGCGCAUUUGAUAACGGAAAACUAUUUUGGUAACUGUAAACAAAAAUUAUUACUAUUCUAGGUACUGGGAUAAAACUUGGUAUACAUGCUCGAGCAAUAAACCAAACUCAGUUUCCUGCAAACACUUUUUUUUUUGUAGUUUAAUUGAUGUAAAUGUACAAAUUUAGUAAUUGAACAUGAAUACUAGUGUUCUAUCUUUAAUAAAAAUUUAGAGUUUCGAAAGACAUUUUUGUUCUUUUUAGAAAGAAGUUUUAAGCUUAAUUCUUGCUCAUAUGACAUAUCUUCUUUAAAGUACAGGCCUAAUGACGGCAUAUCUUGCGAUUUUUCCAAUUUAUUUUAUUUCCAAGAAGUUAAAAAAAAUUGCAGGACGAGCCUUUAUACAGCAAAAGUUUGUACUGAUGACCAUCUUAUGUUUACCAAAGUGGCCGAAACUGCAGAAAAAUCCCUCACUGCAUGGAUUGAAACCUCAAUUGAACCGUGUAUCAGCGGUCAUUACCAGUUAUUUAAAUGAUUAUAAUUUCAACUCUCCUACGACUUUAAUGUUACCGUCCAGCACGAAAUACAUUUGUUUCAGCUGCACUCAAGCAUGGUUGCUACGGUUGUGAACAAACAGACCUGAAACUAGCACCACCUUGCGUCCCCGUACAAAUGUGAUAUCGCCUUGUGUCAGAUUCCACUUGGUACGUUUUGAAAUGCAGAAUGGUUACAUGAACCUAAUUGUCGAGGACAUAUGUGACACAGUUUUGAAAUUUGCGUUUAGCGUUUUUUCAGUUCAAUAGUUUUCAGACGUGAAGAACCACCCUGGACAUUUUUUAAGUUCUAAAUGCGAUUAUAAAUGCAUUAAAUAUAUUAUAUAUUAAGCAUAUGGCAAAAAAAGUUUUUAAAGCUAUAAAAAUGCGGUUAAAGGCAUAUACAUUUUUAACUUUUAUAAUUUUUUAAUGAUUUACGACUUUAUUGCUAUUAUAAACUAAGCCUUUCUAAAUAUGGGACAGUGGCCAAAAUAACUCUCAAUUUAUUCAUGAAAUAAUUUAGAUAAGUAUGUAGAAUUUUUUAUUAUGGUUGUAAUGCGUCAUCAGCAGGAAAUGGAAAAUAAAAAAAAAACAUAUGAAGCCAAAGCGAUACAGUUCAGAGGCUUAUAAAAGUUAAACGCAAAGUGCAAAAUUAUCAAGUGCCUAACCAAUUGUAACAAGGUCUCACUACCAACCUUACACGCCUCGUAAUCAAUGCAACCUUAUCCACGUGAAUACGUCAGUGGCAUUAAUGAAAGUACCUUUUACACACAUAAAAUACAAAAUAAUUCAGCUGCAUACUUCCUUCACACAAUUUUAAUUAAUUUUCACUUGAUUUGUUUUGAUUGUUUGUAUCAUAUAAAUUUUAAAAUUCUUAACUUUUGCAGCUGUAAUUUUAUACAGCUUGGUAUCACUUGAAUUCAUCCAGUUUUGUGUCAUCCCCAUAAUCAUAAAUGCUUUUAUUUAUAGUAAAUUUUAAUAAUAACUACAAAUCAAACUUUGUUUAGAAUUUUUGUAUUAUUUUCAGUCAAUUUAAAUAAUUUCCCAAUUGUUUGUUUGUUAUUCAUAUCAAAGCAAAACCUAAUAAUGUACUGUUACUAAAAUAAAAUUGAUUUGUUUUAUUGUAGAAUGUGUUGUUCCUAAAAUUAAAAACAAAGAAACCGUUUUUAACUAAAAUUUUCUAGUCAUUUAAUUUGAUUUGUUACAACAAGUUCCUGAAUGUUUGAAAGCUUUUUAAUUUAUUGUGUUUAUUAUUACCUAAUUUUUUAGAAAUAUUUAUUUAAAAUCUCAUUUAAACUAACAACUGUAACAAAAAAAAUUAUUUUUAAUGCUUUUAUAAGAAAUUAAUUACCUAGACAAAAUUGUUAAUACAUUAAUGAAUUUUGUUUUAAGUUAAAUGAACCAUUUUAAUGUAACUAUUUGUAUGCUUUCAUAAGAGAAAAAGGAUUUUUUGUAAAUAUAUUUUUGUUUGGUGAAAUUCAAAAUAAAACAAAACGAUGGGUACAAAUGUUUAACGAUAUGUCUGUUUAUACAACUUUAAUUAGCCUUAAAUAGCAUUAUAUGCAUUUUAUAAUGUCUCCUUAUGAAUAGCAAAUCACCUUGUAUGUGCUUUCAUAUUUUUGCAGCUUUGUACGUAAAUAUGUUUUUUUUUUUUUUUUUUUAAUUUUGUGCCUUGUUAGAGUAUUCUGCUGCAAUAUUACACCAAUAAAUUUGUUUGUUGUUUGACCAAUUGUGUUUGGUGAUGUUUUUGGUGAAAAAAGGUGUGUUUUGAUUUGUUAUACAAAAUUACUUUUUUUCAAAUAAGAAUUGAUAAAAUGAAACAGAAUUUCCUGUUGAAAAUCUCAAAACUCGAACAUUUUUAAACAUUAAACCAUAACAAAAUUUUGUUUUAGUUUCACACUGUAACAAUAUUGUCAUUUAUUACGCAUAAAUUGUUGAACAAUUUGGUUGGAGGUUUACGUUCAUCCAGUAAUGAUUAUAGAAUGGAAAAUAUAAGUGGCCAGUUGCGAACACGAAAAAAAAAAUUUCUUUUCGCUUUUCUCUAGCUCUAUAAAUGAAACUAAUCUUUAAUACAAGAAAUAAAUAAAAUCCAAAAUAUAUUUAUUGGUCGUAGAAGAUUUUAAUUCAUUCUCACAAUAAAUAUGCUGAUGCCGAAGUUUCUAAAGUUAUUUUAUUUUUGUGCGAUUUCGUUUAUCGUGUUUCAUUGCUGCAGUUAAGUUAUCUGACUUAGCUCUUGUAGACGCUUCAUAGCCAAUGUUCUGCAAUAGUGGAGGCACUGCAACUUAACGGGAAUAUACAUUGUUCGUAGCAUAUUCCAUGUAAUUGUAAUCAAUUGUUUGUAGAUAACUGCAUGUGAGAGUCCUUGAAGCCAAACCGUAUGCAAGCUGGAUUCUUUUGACGUUCUUGUAUCUCAGGUUACGUGGGAUAAACUUUUAUUUUGGAGAACAUCCGGCCACAGAUUCAACGAACAUUAGUGCUGGUUGUAUUAUUCAAUUCUGUACAACGUUAACAGACUCAUUAGAGCUGCAGUCAUUGAAAUAAGUGCAUUCAUUAAAACCACUGCAUGUGUUGAAGAUAUUCCCGUCUCCCGAGUCGUCAACCUUUUAUGUCCCUCCAGCCAUCCACUUUGAAACAAUGAAAAUCGGGUUCCAUACCCUUCCACACCGGAACAUCAGAAUCACCGUAAUCAUGCCUGUAUAUUUUAAGCAGAUGAUUUUGCCAUCACCAUAAACUUAGCGUCAACGAAUUGGAGCAGUUUAUAUCCAUAGCGCAGACGGCUUUCGGUGAAAGGAGUUCUGGGUUUAAGUCCCACAGAAAGUCAUUGGUGUCAAUACUCGUAUAUACUCGUAUAUUGUAUAUUUUUAAUAAAUAUGGAAUGAUCAUUGAUAUAAUUAAAUGAAACAAUUUUAUCUGAAUAACAAGUCAGUAAAUUUGGGGAGGUGUGGUUCAUUGUUAAUAAAUAUUACAAAGCAGAGACUCUAAAGAAAAAAAAUAAUAAUGGUUAUCAAAUCACUCAUCAUUCAAUCAGUCAACAAGGGCUCAGUUCCCAACGGACAACAAAGUAAUCGAAUCACAAUUUAUGAGCAUAAUAUUUCUAAAUACAAUUACUUAAAACAAUGUAUUUUGUCAUAGCUAUUAAUAUUAAUAAUUGUAUAGACAAGCAACCAAUUAUUGAAAUAAAUGUGUUUUUCAUGUACGCCAACAUGCGGCAGUAAGUUGAGACAAGCGUACCGCAGCUGCUAUGCAUAGUAGUAUAGUGAGACGCCCAAUGGUUCACAUAUUUUAAUGUAAGAGGGUUAUUUUUUUUUCAAUAAUAAUAAUAAUAAAAAUAAUGUAAUAAAAAAAACGGGAAUGAAUUGGGAAAUUAUUUUAAUGUCAAAAGAAACGUACAUCUUUACUCUAUUUUUCCACAUAAUCGCCGUGCAGAUUGAGGCAUUUGUCGUACCGAUGCACCAGCUUUCCAAUACCCUCUGCAUAAAAUGAUGCCUCCUGCCUAUUCAGCCACUAGCUGCAAAACCCGGCGUUGCCCGGGCUGAACACAGGGUAAAGGGGACCUUUUUCGAAAUCAGAUGUAGUUAGUAAUAAAUAUCUUCUUAAUUUGAAUGUCCAGUUUGCAAAAUAAUUUAUAUCACUUUCAGAUCCCGACAGACGUUCUGUCAGUGUAUAGUUAUUUACCUGUAUAUAUCUAAAAAUUGGUGGUCUGUAUGUAGUCUUGACUCUAUAAAGCACUUUAGAAAAAAGCUUAAAAAAGAGAUUACUAAUAUUGAAAAGAUUCCAUUAUCUAGCUAAUGUUCGGCAUGCAUUGCAAUGCCUCAUUCUGUUUUGUUUUGUAAUAUGUUUGAAGUAGUUACACAUAUACGAAUCAUCUAUCCAUCUCUCUAAACAUGUAUUUAUCUCUUUCUACAUAUUUAUAUAUCUAUGUAUCUCUCUAUCACUAUUUAUCUCUUUAUAUCUACAUAUUUACAUAUAUACCUCACACUAUCUCUAUCUCUUCUAUAUAUAAAUCUCUAUAUAGCUCUAUACAUCUAUAUAUCUCUUUAUCUAACCAAUUUCAUUCUCUAUACCUCGCUCUAUCUCAACUUAUCUCUCUGUCUCACUCUAUCUCACUCUGUAUAUAUAUCAAUAUAUCUCUGCCUCUCUUUUUUAUUAAAUAAAUUGUGUCAUGCGUGCGCACUUAGCCAACAAAAACAGACGAAGUGCCGCUAUAUAAUAUGAAGAAACACAUUUUUUUGAAACUAUUGCAAAAACAGUUAUACCGUCUCAGAAACAUUCACGGGGAUGCGCAUAAAAACUCACCAAAAUUUCAUCGCAAUCAGAUGAAUGGUAUAGGAACGCAUACGGCACAAACAAACGAAAAUUAAAGACAUGACAAACGCAUCAAACGAUGGUGCGUUUAAAAUUCAAGACAACUCUAUCUAUUGACGAAAUUAAGAACAAAACUGUUAUGAGCGCCUUUAUUUUGCUAGCCGCUGCGAGCUCCACUAAGCGGGCUGGUCUCACCAAGGAGAAAAAUAUGAAUUUGCAAGACCUUACUAUGUGUAUGAUCGUGUGGCAGACAUAAAGAAAUGACACUCACUCACUAUUUAUAUGUCUAUGACCUAUGAUUUUUUCUUUUAUAAAAUGAAAUUAACACUUUUUCACUCCCUUAGGGAUGGAAUUACAUAUUAAUACGUGGUCUCUGUGUUAAUCCAGGCAAUGAGCUCACUGUAGGCGGGGAAGGUUGGUCAAGUAUUAAUUGAUCAGCUAUCGAACGGGGUUAAAAAAUAUAAAAUUCUAUUAAAAAUUAGUGGUUGGUGAUAGAAGGGUGAAAAUUUAGGGUUGUGUGUAUUUUUUAAUGCCACAUUAUAAAAAAAUAAAA